AUGUAACCUCCUAUGUGUUUGUCUUUAUCAGCUCUAAACUUCGCACAUAUAUCGACAUAGUUUCUUUCUUUAAUUUUUCAGUAAAGUGUGUGAGGAGUCUUGAUGGGUCUUCCUCAAUCACCACCAAGCUCACCACCUCAUCUGUAUCCUCAGGCCCUUCAGCUCAAGCUUUAUCAGGCCUUCAUAUUCUCCAUCCCUAUCCUCUUCUCCAUCAUCCUCUUCUUGCUGUUCUACCUCUUCUACCUCAAGAAGAGGGCCUCUUCUCUCUCCUCUCCCCGACCUGCCCUCCCAAUAUCCUCCAACCGAGCACCUCCUUAUGUCUCCUCGCCAUGCCAAGCGGGAUUGAAAGGAGAGCUCAAAGACAAGCUUCCCAUAGUAUUGUUCGAUGAAGAACUCGGCGCAAAGGACUCGCAGUGUUGCGUGUGCUUGGGAGAGUUCGAAAUGAAGGAGGAGUUGCUCCAAGUGCCGUCCUGCAAGCACGUCUUCCACGUCGACUGCAUCCACCACUGGCUCCACUCCAACUCCACUUGCCCUCUCUGCCGCUGCUCCGUCGUCCCCGCCGCCACCAAGUCUCACGGCCCGCCGCCACCCCACCAAGACGGCCGGAGCUCCUCAGACCCUGGGCGGGCGCUCGUCCGGCCCGAUCUAGAGCAGCCGCAACAACGUCGACCAGAACAUGUCACCAUACCAAUCCAAGGUUCGAGCUCAAGUGGGGAUGCUUGUGUUGUGGAAUCACAACCCGUGAUUGAGAGUGUCCAAGCGCUCGAGUCUCUACGAAGCACAACAUGAGAGGCUCUCUCUGUUUUUGGUUGGGCAUGAAAUUUUAGGGUGAAAUGCUAUUGUAGUUUGUAGAGUGGAAAGUUUUGUUUCUUUUUUUUU